UCAACAGGAGGAGGAGGUGGCGCGUGGGGCCAUUUGAAGUAGGACGCAGGGAGCCUCGUGCCGCCGCGCUGUUCUGAUAGGUGGAGGAGCUCGCGCUAGACAGGUUUUACCUGCGCAGAGCUAAUGAGAGCGCGCGGAGCCUCUCUGCAGACAGGGAGCGGUCUGCGCCACCGGGACUGGUUUUUUUUUCUUCUUCUUUUUCUAUAAGUGCUGCAGAUGUGUUUAUUUUUUAUUUAUUCUCCUAAUUUAAUGCAACAAGCAGCGGAUAUGUUCUGCCCUGGCGGCGGAGUGGGGAUGUAACCUGUUUGAAGUGAGCCCACAGCCCGCGUGGAGCCAGUUGUUGGGACGUGGAGUCAAUCUAAACCGAUCCAGUGGUUUUUGUUUUUGGAUGUAAAGCGGCGGCAGAGGUCCUUCCUCUUACCUCCAACAUGACUUCACUGUCAGGGACUAAGGAGAGGGGCAGCCGGAGCAGAAAAUAUGGGAUGCCUGACACUUCACCAACCAAAGCUGCCUCCUUUUUCCCGGAAACGUGGUACCGAAAGGCCUACGAGGAAACCGCCCGCUCCGGCAUACGCCCGGCCCCAGAGGGUGCUGGCUCCAUGCCCAGCUCCACCGGCACUCCGUCCCCAGGCUCUGGGAUCUCAUCCCCGGGAUCCCUCUCUGGAUCUCCUGGAACCACCUCUCCGUGCAUCGGCACAGGGUCUCCGGGUUCUCUUGGAGGCUCUCCAGGCUUUGGGACGGGAUCGCCUGCCUCGGGCAGUGGAAGCUCCCCUGGCAGUGAAAGGGUGAUCUGGUGUGAGAACUGCAACGCUCGACUGACUGAGCUGAAACGACAAGCUCUCAAACUGCUCAUCCCUGGUCCGUACUCCAGCAAGGACCCCUCGUUCUCACUCCUCCUCCACGAUAAGCUCCAGGUGCCCAACAGUUCUCAGCGGGCGUGGAACGAGCGCGACAGCCGCUGCGAUGUCUGCGCCACGCACCUCACUCAGCUCAAACAGGAAGCCGUGCGCCUGGUUCUGACUCUGGACCAAUGGGAUUUGUCUCCCAGCUCCUCUCCUCCAGCCCUGAUUGGACCAUAUGGAUCUCAUGGACUUCCCGGACAAACAGGAGCAUCUGGAGCAGCAGGAGGUCAGUUUCUUUCCUCCUCUGUUGCUGCUGCGUCGCUCCCUUCUCAGUCAUCCACCCAGUCACCUUCUCCCAGCCUGAGCCAGACUCCGACGCCAAGCCCAAGCCAUGGACCACCCAACUCCAGCCAGGGGAGCCCCUCAGUGGCACCGACAUCCAGCUGUGCUUCGACAAACCCACAACUUCAAGGUGCAGGGCACCGACUGGGUUCCAAACCCAGAUCCCUGGGUCUGGGAGCUGGUGCUGACAAACGGAGUGGAUCCCCGAUUUCAUCUAAAUCUGCUGGUGCCCAACAGCAGCAGCCAGUGACCGCAGUAAACAGCCCCAGUAAUAAUGAUGGGAACAGCUGUAAUAACAGCAGCGGAGCUGUCCUGAGUACAGCUGCUCUGCAGGCCCAUCAGCACCAGAGCCGAACUAAUGGAGGGGUUACACUCUAUCCAUAUCAGAUCUCCCAGAUGAUCUCUGAGGCGUCACGAGAAGGAGGAAACGAAGCGGCGUUGAACCGCUGCAACUCGCACUCUCCUGCUCACACUAACUCACCAUCACACACCAGUUCUCCCUGCAACACACCAGCUGUCCCCACCGCAGCGCCUACUGCCACCUCUGCCGCUGCCUCCUUCUUUGCCAGAGCGGCUCAGAAGUUGAACUUGGCGUCCAAGAAGAAGAAACAGAAAAGUGCAGCCCUCGCGGCUCCAGUGGCGUCGUCUCCUCUGUCAUGUGACCCUCCUCUGUUCCCGACAAACUUCAGCUCUGCCUUGUUGAAGGCACCUCCGCCUGCUCCUCCUUGCCUUCUCCGUGCAGCCAAUAAGAUCAAAGAUACACCUGGGCUUGGAAAGGUAAAGGUGAUGGUGCGAGUGUGCCCGGUGUCUCCCUCCGACGCAGCAGAGUCCAGUUCUUUCCUGAAAGUGGAUCCCAGAAAGAAGCAGAUCACCAUCAUGGACCCGUCUGUCAAUCAGACUGCGGGCGCCGCCUCCCAGAAGAGAGCAGGAACCAAUCAGGUUCCGCCAAAGAUGUUCAGCUUCGAUGCUGCCUUCCCUCCUGAUGCGUCCCAGGCGGAGGUCUGUGCAGGAACGGUUGCUGAGGUCAUUCAGUCUGUGGUGAACGGAGCUGAUGGCUGUGUCUUCUGCUUUGGACACUCCAAACUGGGAAAAUCAUACACAAUGAUUGGCCAUGAUGACUCUCUUCAGACUCUGGGUAUUAUCCCCUGUGCCAUCUCCUGGUUGUUUAAGCUCAUCAAUGAAAGAAAGGAGAAAACAGGAGCGCGCUUUUCUGUUCGCGUCUCUGCUGUUGAGGUUUGGGGAAAGGAAGAGAACUUGAAGGAUUUGCUGUCUGAGGUGGCCACGGGAAGCUUACAAGACGGGCAGUCACCUGGAGUCUAUCUGUGUGAGGAUCCUAUCUGUGGCAUGCAGCUGCAGAACCAGUCUGAACUUCGUGCUCCCACCCCAGAAAAGGCAGCCUGGUUCCUGGACGCGGCCAUAGCAGCUCGCCACAGCAGCCAGCGGCCCGACACCACAGAGGAAGAACACAGGAACUCUCAUAUGCUCUUUACUUUACACAUUUACCAGUAUCGCAUGGAGAAGACAGGCAAAGGAGGGAUGUCAGGAGGUCGCAGUCGUCUCCACCUGCUGGAUCUGGGCAGCUGCGACGUUAAAGCUCUCGAAGGAGCAGGAGGAAAGAACAAGGAGAACUCCUCAGCCUCUCUGUGUCUUUCUCUGUCAGCCCUCGGGAACGUGAUCUUGGCCCUGGUCAACGGGAGCAAACACAUCCCGUACAAGGACAGCAAGUUGACCAUGUUGCUAAGGGAGUCGCUAGGCAACAUGAACUGCCGGACCACCAUGAUUGCUCACAUCUCCGCCUCGCCCAGAGAUUUCUCAGAGACCCUCUCCACCAUCCAGAUUGCUUCGCGCGUCCUCCGCAUGAAGAAGAAGAAAACUAAAGUCACCGUGCAAUACACAUCCAGCUCCUCUGGAGGAGAAAGCUCCUGCGAGGAGGGUCGUAUGCGUCGUCCGACCCACCUGCGCCCCUUCCAUCAUCGUGGCGACACCGACUCUGAACUGCCGCUGCUCAGACUGUCCAGCGACCCUGAUGAAUACUCCAGCAGCGAGCAGUCAUGUGACACCGUGAUCUAUGUGGGUCCAAACGGGGCCGCUGUGUCGGACAGAGAGCUGACCGACAACGAGGGACCUCCAGAGUUUGUUCCCAUCAUUCCAGCUUUGCUGCAAAGAAAAACGUCAGAGCAGCAGCAAACACCGAGUCAAGGAACCAGAGUGCAGAACAAGACAGAGGAGCAGUCUGACGGCGCCUCCCAGCCUCUGUCGCAGCCCUCUCAGUCACUGCUCGGUCAGCCGUUGGCACCCGUCCCAGAGGAAGGAGCUGAAUGCCUGAAGUGCAACACGUUUGCUGAGCUGCAGGAGAGACUGGACUGCAUUGAUGGCAGCGAGGAGGUUUCAAAGUUUCCUUUUGAAGAGGUUCCAGCGAGCAAACAAAGUGCCAGAAAAGAGUCGUGUCCUUCAUCAUCUGCAGCUGUGCUAGACACAGAAGCCAAAAUAGCAGCAGCGUCCAGGAAGAGGAGCAAUGACCAGCAGCUGCAGGAGAUCAAGGAGGUGGUGGAGGAGGCAGAGCUGGCCCAGACAAUAAUUCACAGCCUGGCUCAGGUAGCUGGAUGCCCCGUAGUUACCAGCUCCAGGAGUGUGACAGGAAGCAGCAGCAUCACCUCUAACCCGCUGAACAGAGCCAAAAGCUUACAUGACAGCCAUGAGAAUCUGAGUGCAGUUGGUAACACCGAGGGAAAGGGGCGCCCUCUGGGAUCUCCUCGCCUCGGCAUUGCAAGCCUGACUAAAACCUCUGAGUACAGGCCUCCGUCGUCUCCAUCUCAGAGGAGUAAGGUGUACACUCAGAAGGGUGUGAUGCCGGCCACGCCUCCUCAGUCCUCACACACUCUGGCUCAGGACAGCCAGGCUACAGAUGCUCUGACUUCAGACAACAGUUUGGCUGCAGACAGCGGGCGAUCCUCCACUGAGUCGCUGCUGUCCAGGACAUCUCCUGCAGGCAUGAGUCCACAGGUCCAGGAGGCAGCUCCUUCUCUCUCUGCCAGCCUGGGCUCAGCGGAGACCCUAUGCGAUGAUGACGUUCCACCAAUACCUUUGGACACACACAAGGAUGGACCAGCAGUGUCUGUUGGAGCAGGAGGACCUCUCUUGCUUGGGCAAGAUGAACUGGUGUACACUGUGGUCCCUGGAGGGGAGGAGGACAUUGUUACGGUUCUUAUUAAAGCGCACGGCUUGGCCUGUCGUCCAGCGAGUAUUGUUAGCUUCAACAGUGACUGCGGCUCUGAAGCUGCGCUCGCUUCAGACUCUCAACUCAUCAGCAUCGUCGGUACUACAGAAGGAGAAAACUAUCACGUGCCUCCAGGUCUUGCUACAGCCUCUGGGGUUAAAGAGGUGGUGGCCAUGGCAGAGGUGGCAAUGGCCAAGCUACGGGUUGGUGAACCUUUAGCCACAGGGAUGUCUAACUCUGGUUCCACUGUUUCCUCCUGGAUGAGUGAUCUUAGUGAGGCCGAUCAGUCUCUUCACAGUUUCAGCCAGUCUCAGAGUCAGCAAGGAGAGGCUCUGGCUGAUCCUGAGAUGAGUCUUGAAGCUGUAGGUUUUGGCAAGGCAAACACAAGAAGAGGGAGUCUGGAUGGAGAGCUGGUUCUGUCGGAGAACACGUCCGACAAAAGCACGCCAAACAAAGACAAGUUCAGAAAGCUGCCUCCUUCGAUGGCUAAAACAAACAUUCAAACCCUCUCUCCUUUCAGGAGCACCAAAAGCGUUUACCCGUGUGCGACUGUCAAACCUAUGAUUAUACAGGAGCCUACGAUCCUCUCCUCACCCACAAAAGCACAGUUUAUGAAAGAACCUAUCAAAUCCAAUUCAGCCAUUUUAGCCUCCAUUUCCAGUGAGAUGAGCUUUGAAGACCCCUGGUUGAAGCGUGAAAUGGAAGAGGGAAGGUCCAGAGACCUUGUAUGUGAAGUGAAGCCAGAAAUAAGGGAGGUACAAACUUUAAAGAACAGCUUGGGAGAGAAAGUUGUUGGUGGGAAUGAAGACCAGCAGUGUUUCUGCACAGAUGGUGGGGAUCAUAGCAGUUCAGGUUCAGGAGGGGAGGUGGUGUCGUCUCCAGACUCCUUUAAGAGAGUGGUGGAUGGUUGUGAAAUGGUCACUGUUGUUGCCCAAGGUGAAUAUCUGACUGGUCUCUACAACCCAGAGAUCCACCACACGGGCAGCCUUCCCCGUGGGUGGCACCGCCUCAACCACCACGAUGGUUUAGACAGUGGACUGGAGUACCGCAAUCUUGGCGUCACCACUUCAACUCCCUGCAGUCCGCGUGCCACCCUCGACCGCCUGGGAUCAAGUGCGAAACAAGGCUUUUUCUCCCACAAGAAGGGGGGAAUCCCACCUUUACCGCCGGUGAGAAAGUCUAGCCUUGACCAGCGGAACAGGGCAGCCAGCCCCCUCCACCAACUCAGCCAUGGAGUCUCAUCGGUGGGCAGCCCAGCAGAUAACGCAGGGACAUCUGGGUGUGUCUAUGCAGGAAUCGCCAGACAGCGUGGCUCUAGCAUAGACAGCAGCAGGCUUUUCAGCGCCAAGCUGGAACAACUGGCCAACAGAACAAACUCUCUGGGCCGGGCCCACAGCUCACAUGGUGGCUCUCAUCACUACGACUGCUUCUCUCUGGAAAGAGGCGAGAGCCUUAGAGGAGGGAUGAGAGGGGACACCACAUUGCCUCGCUCUGGACGUAGCCUCACUCGUGCUGGAUCAGUGUCCUCUCCUACGGGAAACCCCAGCAGCCCUAGUUUUAGUGGAAGUUCUGGUCCAAGCAGCGCACCGCAGUCACCUGCCAAAACCAGCAGCCAGUCAAAGAUCUCAGCUGUCAGUAAGUUGUUAAUGACCAGCAGUCCUAAAGCCAGGAGCCUUUCUGCUUCCAGCACCAAGACCCUGAGCUUCUCCACCAAGUCUUUAAACCAGACUACCAGCCGCAGCUCCAGCCUUCCACCUAACGGAAAGAAUUCAGCCCAGGGUCCACUGCAGCAGCAGGGACCGGCCCCUGGAUCAUGGUCUACCCAGUCUCUGAGCCGCAGUCGAGGGGGAAGCCUCACAGCCAAACUGCCUCUGCGGGCUGUCAACAGCAGAAUCUCAGAGCUGCUUCAGGGUAGUGCAGGAUCUCGGUCUAGGAAUCAUGUCCAGGGUGGCGGCACAGAUCGAACAGAGACGAAGGAAACUGGAGGGACGAGUGGGGGAGGAGCAGGAGGAGAUGGUGCAGGAGAAGAGAAGGUAGCCGUGGUUCAAACGCUGCCUUCUCCCUACAGCAAGAUCACAGCCCCAAGAAAACCACACCGCUGCAGCAGUGGCCACGCAAGUGACAACAGCAGCGUGCUGAGCGGUGAGCUGCCCCCAGCCAUGGGCAAAACAGCCUUGUUUUACCACAGUGGAGGCAGCAGCGGCUACGAGAGCAUGCUGCGAGACAGCAGCGAGAAUACUGGAAGCACCUCCUCGGCUCAAGACUCCCUCAGCGAGCACAGUUCAGCCACCACCUCCUCCCGACGGAGCUCCAAGAGCAGCAAGAAGAGCAGGAGCAGCACAGGUCUCCAGCGUCGACGUCUCAUCCCAGCUUUGACCUUGGACUCCUCCUCCUCUUCAUCACCUUCUCAGCGCUCUUCUAAACAGGCCAUCACGUCAUCUUCCUCGUCCUCCUCGAGUCCAGGAGCAUGCUGGGUAGAUGGCCCACUGGGACCCCCCGCGUCCUCCAACCACCGCGGGGCGGCCACAGCAACAGAAACAUUUGAGAUCAAAGUGUACGAGAUAGACGAUGUCGAGCGACUGCAGAAGAGGAGGGACAAGGGAGGAGGCAAGGAGGUGGUGUGCAUCAGCGCCAAGCUCCGGCUGCUGGAGCACCGCCAGCAGCGAAUCAGUGAAGUCCGAGCCAAGUACCAGUGUCUGAAGAAGGAGCUGGAGCAAACCAAACAGCACUUGAUGCUGGAGCCACACAAAUGGACCACUGAGUUUGAGCUGCAGCAGCCCUACGAUGUGGACUCUGUGGAGUAUUUAGAAGCUCUGGAGAGCGUGACAGACAAACUGGAGACCAGAGUCAACUUCUGCAAAGCCCAUCUGAUGAUGAUUACCUGCUUUGAUGUUUCCUCAAGACAUCGGUAGACGGAUGAAGUGAUGGUGAGGAGGAAGACUCACAGCUGGAGUCAAUAAGAUGCAAAUAUUCAGACCGUUUGCAGCAAAUAUUUAAACAUAUUGUAAAAAUAAACCUCUUUUUAACUAUUGCUGCCCAGCACGUCGGGUGAUUGGAAAUAAGGAAGACAAAGGACCCAUGGAGAAAGUGACCCUCAAUGACAAUCCUCCAGGUGUGAAACAGAAAGAAAGAUGCAAGACAGAUAAAAACUAUUAUGUUUAAAUGAAAUAUGGCUCAAAAAGGCAGAAAGAUGGUUGUGAGAACAUUACAAAAAAGGUACCAGUGAACGAAUAAAGAUGCCUCAAACACUGAGCUGAACUUUAAGGAAUGGACGCAGAAGAAACAAGACAAAAAUGGACAUUUACAAAACAUGGGGGAAGAACAAACGUAACUUUUUGAAAGAGCACUUUUGACCAUAAAAAGCAGCGUGCUCGCCUCAGAGUGAUGCAGUUAUUGUACUAACUCACCGAGAAGAAAAACAGGUGGAGAUGAUUUAGAUAAGUGCCUUGUGAACAUUUAUAACAAAAACCAAGACCAACUCUCCUUUGCUCUGUUUUUUUAAUGUACAUGCAGUAUGUCUGGUGCUAGCAUAGUAAAACACCACAAAGUCGGCGUCCUUGGAACAUUUUACAUUAUCGCCUUUUCCAAAAUGUGAUGUUUUCUCAUGGUUUAGUGUUUGAUAAAAUGAGAGCCAACAUUCUAUGUUUCAGUCUUUGGUAGGAGAUCUGAAACAAAGACCUGCAAGAUGAAAACACCAACUUGUUCAAAAUGCAAAAAUAAACAAAUGCACAGAAUCUGUGUUAAAGCAGGAAGAAGUAUAAAGUGAAUUUGUGAUGAAGUUUACUCCUAAAUGAUUCUGACAAACACAAAGUCUGGAUUUCUACCAUUCGGUGCAUCCCUGCAGUUUGUCUCCUGAUCCAGAUGCACACUGCAAAAAAUGUCCACCUAACCAAGUUUUAAAAUCUUAUAUCCAGCUAUAAAGUCUUUUUGAUCUUG